UCUCAUUUUAAAUUUCGUUCAUCGAGGAAUUUCCCGUAAAAAUCGACAAGAAAAACAAAAGACCAUAUUGGCAUAUUUUGUCGUUUUAUGGAACCCAAGGCAGUUUAAAAAUGCCUAGUGGACGACGCAUUUUAUCCCGUAUUCAGUCGAAUUCGUAUAAUAGCAGUAGUAAAGGAGGAAAUGGAAGCCACACAGAGGACAGGGAUACAAACAUGGUACCGCUGGCCCAGAUGGCAGUCUUACCCAAGCACUGUCACCUCCCAGAGAUCCCAAGCGACCCCAACAUGUCGUUUGAGGCCAUGUUGUACUUCUUUGGGGUGAUAGCCAUGGGUCUACAGUACAUCAACCUCUACCGCACAGUAUGGUGGCUGCCACACAGCCAUGCCAACUAUGCCUUGAACUUUUAUCUGAUUGAUGUGUACCUGGUGCUGUUUCUGUGUAUCCUGAUGAGCCGGAGAAUUGUAUGGUGUUUUGUUCAAGAGGUAUAUGGAUCAAGAUCCUCAAAGAGUGUGUUGUUUUGGGUCGUUCAGUUCUUGAAAGGGGCGUUAUUAGGCAGUAUUGCCCUUGGCCUGGUCUAUACCACUUACAUGGUGGUAGCCAACCAUUCAGCUCUCUACUGUCUGUUUCUGUCUUGUCCUGUUAUAACAUAUGUGUUCCUGUUUGGUCCAUCGAUCAAACCCCUGUACCAUAGAUGUCUGGUCUGGCCUACAUCUGUGUGCGAUCGUCCGCGUCAUAAGAAGGAAGAAGAAGAGGUCAUUCUAUUCCACAACUGUGUUCUGACCCCUGACGUCAUAAGGUCAGAGGUCGAAUAUUUCAAGCUGGACUUCAAUAACCGGAUCAAACAAGUCUUGUUCAAUUCCCUCCUCACAGCAUACUACAUGACUUUUGUCCCACUUUGUUUUGCCCAGCAUGUUCAAAACACGUGCGAAUCAUGUUGGAACACCCUGUACUAUGACACUUGGUGGGUGGGGCAACAUGUGGUAGUCACAUGGCUUUCUGCUUUCCUGAUGCUAAUCGUACAUUACCUGCCCCCCAAAUACCUGGAUCUACUUCACAGAACAGCCCUCCAUCUGGGGCGCUGGCAGAAGGUGGAAGGAAGACACGCCCAUGUACCUUAUAAUGCUUGGUCUGAGCUGACAGUAUGGCCACCAGGUGCUCUGGUAAAACAUGUAAAAGGACUGUUCAAGGCCGAGGGGAUCAACGUCACAGCCGAACCGGGCAAUGGCAUGCAUGGUCGAUUUUUUUUUCUAUUCCACCAACCAAUGAGGGUGGUAAAUUGGUUACUUAUUUUAACAUGGCUCCUGGUGGGGUACCAGUUUUUCUGUCUCAUUCAAAGCACAGAGUGGAACCACAUAGUCUGCAUAGCUCUUGUUUUAUUCUGUAACUAUUAUACUCUUUUUAAGCUUUUAAGAGACAGGAUCAUUUUGGCAAAAGCAUAUAAAGAGGAACUUUCUGAGGAUGAUAGAUAGUGCAAUUCUCAUAUUUAUGUAAACACACCCAUGACUGUCAUUUUCACAAUUUCAAAGUUAAAUGGUUGCAGAACUUACUACAAACCCUUACAAAAAUUACUAUUGUAUCCAAAAGCUGAUUGACGCUAGACAGAUAAAUGUUUGAAAUACAUUGUCUUGAUUUUUAUUCAGUAGGGCUAUUUUGAUUUUUUUAAAUGUAGGUGGAUAAGAACCUUGGAAAAAUCUCAUUCAGGCAAAUUUAAAUUGGUUUACCAUACUCUGCAGAGCUGAUGUUGCCUAUUGAUGGAUUUCUAGACUUGUAUAAAAAUUUUCAUUGGUUUACAGUAAUUUUACACAGCUACCAUAUUGAUGGAUUUUUUUUUAACUUCAAAAAUCUUUUGUUCAUUUUAUAAGCUAUCAUAAAUUAUUAAGGUAUAAAUGAAGUGAAAUAAGAAUGCAGCAGUUUCAGUGGGGAUUUAUUCAUACAUAUAUUCAUGCAAUGAUUUUUGAUAUGGGUGAGGGAGAUUUGUGCAACCAAAAAAAAUUGGACUUUGUCAAGAAAAUAUUUCACAUGACAAUGUUUUUUGUUGUUAUAUAUUAUUUAUCAAAGCUUCCCAUGCCAAAAUGUCACGAAUAAAUCUAGUAACAUCAAUAAAAGUAACACUCUUCAAUCAUUUCUUAUACAGUAAUAAAUAGACAUUUAUACAUUUUAUUUAUCUGCAUGGGAUGUCAGAUUUUAUGUUGUUGGUGAGAUAUUGUACAUGUGACUGUUGUUACUUACUUUAAUGCUGAGUUUUACUCAGAUAUACAUUCUAAUAAUAAAUAUUUGCAAAGCUUA